AUGCCUACCGUUCAAGUAUCACGUGACCUUUUGUUCAAGUCUUUGGGUAAAACUUACACUUACAAGCAAUUCGAUGAUUUAUGCUUUGAUUAUGGUAUCGAAUUGGAUGGUGAAACAUCAGAACGUGAAAUGAAGCUUAAAGAGACAGGUGUAGAUGAUCCAAAUGCUUCAUCGGUCGUUCUCUACAAGAUCGAUGUACCAGCAAACAGAUACGACUUGUUGUGUUUGGAAGGUUUAUCACGUGCCCUCAAGGUCUAUGACUUGGCCACUCCAAUUCCAAAGUACACUAUCACUCCACCAGCCUCUGGAAAGCAUCAAAAAUUGAUCGUUUCAAAGGAAGUAAAGGGUGUUCGUCCAAUCGUUGUUUGUGGUAUCUUGCGUAACGUCACUUUUAAUCAAGACACUUAUCAAUCAUUCAUUGAUCUUCAAGAAAAAUUACAUGCCAAUAUUUGCAAAAAGAGAACUCUUGUAUCAAUUGGUACUCACGAUUUAGAUACCAUCAAGGGACCAUUCACAUACAAGGCUUUACCACCAAAAGAUAUUAAAUUCGUACCACUUUCUCAAACUCAAGAGUAUGAUGCUGUAUCUCUUUUCGAAUUCUAUGAAAAAACAAGUUCUCAUUUGAAGAAAUAUCUUCAUAUCAUUGAUAAAUCACCAUUGUAUCCAGCUAUUUAUGAUUCAAACAAUGUCUUGUGUUCAUUACCACCAAUUAUUAAUGGUGAUCACAGCAAGAUUACUCUCAACACCAAGAAUGUAUUUAUCGAAGUCACUGCCAACGACUACACCAAGGCAAACAUUGUAUUGAAUGUCAUGUUGACAAUGUUUUCUGAAUAUUCAAAGACUCCAUAUUCUAUGGAACAAGUUGAAGUUGUUGAUGCUGAUGGAAAGUCUGAUUUAUUCCCAAAGAUUGAUGAAAAGACUAUUGAUGCUUCCACCUCUUACAUUAACAAGACUAUUGGUGCCAACAUUGAUCCAGCCAAUAUGGUUGGUAUGCUCAAGAGAAUGUCCCUCAUCUCUACCUUGUCACAAGACAAGUCAACUUUAACUGUUUCAGUUCCAUGUACUAGAAGUGAUAUUAUUCAUCAAUGUGAUAUUAUGGAAGAUGUUGCUAUUGGAUAUGGUUUCAAUAACAUUGCUAGAGUGAUUCCAGUUGUAAACACUGUUGGUCGUAUUCAACCAAUCAACAAGUUGUCAGAACUUCUUUCAAAUGAAGCUGCUCUUGCUGGUUACACUGAAAUCAUGACCUUUGUUUUGUCAUCAAACAAGGACAACUUUGCUUUGAUCAAUAGAAAGGACGACAAUUCCAGUGUAAAGAUUGAGAAUUACUUGAUGGAAGAAUUCUCUGAGGUUCGUACCACCUUGAUUAGCACUCUUCUCAAGACUAUUGUCUCUAAUCGUGCUCAUGGUAUUCCACUUAAAUUAUAUGAAGUUUCUGAUGUUGUCAUCAAGGGUGCCAAUAAUAACAAGAAUCUUUCAGAUCCAGAUAGUAACAAUAGUGAUGUUGGUGCUCUUAACAAGCGUAUGUUUGGUGCCAUCACUGCUGACAGUUCAAGUAAAUUGGAAAUUGUUCAUGGUUUACUCGACAAGUUGAUGUUGUCACUCAAGUGCAAGCCAGAACUCUUGAUGACCAAACAAGACAGAGAAAAGGGAAUCGCCUCUUAUCAACUCGCCAAGUCCUCUGACAAGAUCUUUGUCGAAGGUAUGGGUGUUGACAUUCUCUACAAUGGAACCAAGAUUGGUAUUAUGGGUGUCGUCAACCCAGAGGUUUUAAAGAACUAUGGUAUCAUUUAUCCAUGUUCCAUUCUCGAAUUCGAAAUCACCAUUGAUCUCGCUAAAAAUAUUAUUUAA